AUGCAGAUUGAAGGAUUGAAGAAGUGCAUAUUAGCGGGAGCGAUUAACUGUAACGAUACAGGGAAUAUGGCUGGAAGUAGGUGGCCGGCUGCAAUGGCUCCUACUAACAGAGUCGGUAAUGCUUCUCGAACAAAACAAGUUAUUUUCGAACCUACGUUUGCCAAAAUGGAAAAAGAGAAUUACGCUUUAACUCAGCGACUAAAGGAAGCUUUUUAUAAGGUUGAGAAGCGAUAUCCUGGUUUCAGUAAAGAUUUCAUGAUUGGAUUGCUUCAACGGAUGGGAGUCGAUAGCGAAAUUGACGUGACUGAAACGUGUUUACGGAUUGCUGCUCUUCAAGAAUGUGAUAAUUCAAGGACGUCAAGAAGUCCUAGAGUUUUGGAGUUGGAACUUACGGCUAAGACAUUAAAAACUAUUCUUAGUAGCAUACCUGAUGAAAUUAUAGACCGCAGAGCAUUUAUAGAAGUCAUCAAAGGUAUAGCAGAUGCAAUAAAGAUGUUGUUAGCUGCUGUGGGUGCGUUUUAUGACACGUUACCACCGGGAACACAAAAGAAAUGUCUCGAAGAUCAAAAACGAAAAUUUAUCACCUACUGUCGUAAAUUCAGUGAUACUUUGAAGCAAUACUUUAGGAACAACGAUAGCCAUCAAAAGUAAACUUAAUAAGUAUGAAAAACGGCUUCCCUCACAAAUGUUUGGUAGAGCUACCGUAGGUAUGAUACUCAUCCUAAGCUGUUUAUCACUUCACUUUCUAAUUAGACAUUCCACUUAGUUCGACUUCUAAAUUUUAUUUAAAGUAGUGUACUGACAAGCUAAAUCUUCUUCUUGUUCCUAUUCAUUGUUGUUAGUUAUUCAGUUUUUUCGUACUUAACAAAUCUUUAGUCUCACUACACGCUGUUUAUUCCACUAUCUUUCUUCCUCAUCGUCCAUUUGUUUCAGAUGUAAUAUAUUGACUUUGUCUAACCGGUAAUUGGGAUUAGUGGUGUUGUAAUUCAACAUGCUAAGCAUUCAACAUUUAACCUAUGCUUGAUGUGUCUAAAAUCUGCCUUAAAUAAUUCAACUAAAGCAGUCAGGUUAUGGAUCAUACCGUAAAUUCAUGAAAACCUGAUAGAUGAAUAUAUUUUAGAUUGUAUUGGAUUACUUACACAUUUCCAUCUAUUUUCAUCCAUAUAUUGACCUUUGUUUUAUGAGGUUAAAUUUAUAUCAGUCCGAUGAAUGUUGACAAGUUCUAUCGAGACAAACUAUGUCGUGUAGAGGUUAAAACAGGUCUCAGGGUGUUGAUCAGAUACUUGUUAAUCCUAUUUGUCCACCGAGAACAUUGAGUUUGGGGUCUACUUAUGCCAUACGGUUGCCCAAGUCGAAGUAGACGGAACGGGUCUCGGACCUGUGACUUAGUGUCUGAAAUGCCUUAACUACUGAACUACGGCUCCGUUAACCUGUUAAAUGGUUUCAGAAUUACAUCGGGGACAAGAUUUUUAGCACUUGUUUGUUGUACGAUGCUUUUAAAUAACUAGCAAAUUAGUUUAAGGACUUCAUUCUUGGUUCACUUCUGUUUUUGUUCACCAGCGACGCACUCAGUAUUCUGUUCAUGAUUCUUUAAGAUUUCGGAGUGUUGUGUUCUACGAUUUUCAUCAAGUACAUUUCCUUAUUUAUUUAUGCAGUUAUUGGGUCGUGUUCAAGUUGUCUUGGGAUUGUCAUAAAGGAUUAUCACAUAACAGUUCACUAUCAUACCACGACUACAGUUAUAAAUCAUAAUGCUGUGCUGUUAUUUGUUUGAUCUACUUGAUAACUUCGUUUCAUGUUUAUUUGAUUACUUCUUUCUUAUCUACUACUUGGGUAUGAACUUUACACCAUAGACCUGGUAUUCUAGAAAGUAUCCACACUAAUCCGGAGAUAGAGUAUGGAAAAUGUUUCUCUCCUGUAUUUUUUUUUAAGUCGUACUUAUAUGAAAUGGGUAUACGGUUUUUAAAGUUUUAUAGUUUUCGGCUCUAUACGGAAUACUAAACUAUUGUAAAAAACAUAUAUAUAUAUAUAUAUAU